AUGGCUCAAACUAGAUAUGUCGACCGUCCGAUUCCUCAAAUCUCCCUCAAUGAUUUCGAUAAUCGCAUCAAUGAGAUCACCACGGAAUUAAUCAGCGCUGCGGAAAAUGUUGGGUUUUUCACACUGAUCGACCACGGUCUUUCCAAAGAGGACAUCGAAUCCAUCUUCACGACAUCUAAGAGCUUCUUUGAGCUCCCGGACGAGACAAAGAAGACAGUACCCUGGAAUACCAACAACGUGGGGUGGGAAAAGAACUCACAAAUUCGACCAUCUACCGGAAAGCCCGACAGCAAGGAGUCCUAUCAGUUGCAAUAUGGAGAUAAUAUGAAGGGGUUAUGGGUUGCAGACGAGCAUCUCGCAGGGUUCCAAACUACUGCCCUGGAGUUCAUGCACCGGGUGCAGGGGAUCUCAGAAAAACUAAUGCGAUGUUUCGCUCGAGGUCUGGGUUUCCCUGAAGAAUUUUUCAUCAAAUGCCACGAUGUGGCACGACCAGACUCUCAAACCACCAUGCGCCUACUUCAUUACUUUGCACUGCCGGAGGAAGCGGACGGCAAAGUGUAUCAUCGCGCUGGGGCACAUGCCGAUUGGGACUUUCUGACUUUACUCUUUCAGAAAGAGGGGCAGAGUGGGCUGGAGAUAUGUCCGGGGCGCGAGUCGGUCACGGAGUUCGGAAUUGGGGACGAGUGGACCAAGGUGGAGGCGAAGACGGGGGAGAUCGUGUGCAAUAUUGGGGACUUACUCAUGUCUUGGUCGGAUGAUCGGUUCAAAUCCACCUUCCACCGGGUCAAGGCGCCGUGUGAGUCGGGAGAUUAUUUUGGGGAUAGGUAUAGCAUUGCAUACUUCAACCAGCCCUGCAAGGAUGCGUUGAUCCAAGGGCCUCUGAAGAAGUAUCCAAUGGUGACCGGGGCUCAGUUUACCGACAGUGCGAUGAAGAGGAAUUUUGCUGCGUUGCAGGAGAAGUUGAAGGCGGUCGCUGCGGCAUGA